AUGCCCGAAGAUUCUUUGGCUGCAUGGCAAGUUCAAUCUCAGAAAGCUCCCAUGGAAGCUCGGGAACUACACCGGCAGCUUUGGCACCGCUGGCGGCCUGGCUGGUAUGCUUUUGUCCUUGCAGUGAAUGCCACGGCUACAGUCUUGCUGUUUCCUCAUCCUUAUGAUGAUCCUUAUGUGGAAAGCCCUAGAAAUUGCUUCAGUGUCCUGAUGCUGGCUAGUUUGGGAUCUGGUUGCAUGGCAGCAUGGCUGAGGAAAAGGGCCGGGGCUUCACCUCAUGUCAAAUCAGCCAGUGACUAUGCCAUUCUCAACUGGUGCCAUUCCUUGCUGGCCACCAUGGCCAGACCGCCGACUGAUCUUGUGUAUGGCGUUCUGCCGAACACAUAUCUCAGUUCACUAUCAUGUUAUCCUGAUUCUUAUUUGCUUCUUGUCAGCUGCAGAGCCAGCCUUUACCUGCUCUGCUCAGUCUGCAUGCAGAAGCUCAUCGCUUCGCGACUGGAGCUGUUGGAGCUUUCUUCCAAGCAGGCAUUCGGUGGUCGCUGCAUUUGCUGCCUUGUCCGGGUGCAAGCAUGCACUGUCAGUCUGGCAGUGAUUUUACUGUCACUUUGCUUGUGCUUCCUUGUUCUGGAAGUACCAUUGUUGACUGUUUCCUGGGCACUUACUUUGGCGCUGGUGGCGGGGGUGCUUACUGCUGUCGUUAAUGUGCUGGCCAGCAUGAUGGCAGCUUGCAUCUUGACCAAAUCUUUGCUAGUUUUGCGAAGGGUCUUGAGAAUGGCAAAGCUCAGUGAUGCGUCGGUCGCAGUGCAGUUGUCUCUGAGACGAGCCCGACGCUUGGCAGGCCUGCAAACCAUGGGCGUCUCUUGCAGCCUUGUGCUGACAAUCUUGGGGAUUCCAUGCGGUCUUAGAAGUUUCACUGACAGAGACACUAGCGCUAAAGACGCUAUUUUCUUCCUUGGCAUGCCCAUUUGGGCUGCAGUAGGCAUUCAAGCCGCGGACGUCCUGGGGAAUGCUCUGGCUGCGGUUCUCCUGUCAGGCGGCCACAGGCUUCCCAAGGUUGACCAGGUGCCUGGCCAACAGUUGGGCUGUUGGCCAUGCCGCUGCCAGACCAAAGCCCCAGUGGAACAGGAAAGGGAUUGGAGCCCGAUGUGGAAAGCAAAAGUUGAAGAGCUCUCCUUGCGGGGCAUGACUUUGCGCAGCCUCCUGUGCUUUUAUCAAGGGAUGCUUCUUCCCAUGCCCGGCUGGAACUUUGCCCCCAGUGACCAUAAGACUAAAGAUGUGGUCCGCAGAGCCAUCAUCCCUCUCACCAGCAGAGAGGAAUCUGCAUAUGCAGUUUCGGCUUUGAACAGGGAUGGACCUCGAAGUUUCAAAGACUUGCUCGCGGCUAUCAUCUCGGAUGCUUUGCAGGAGAAUAGCUUCACUUUGGCAGCCAAACUGUUGGACGAAGACUGCACAUUCGUUUGUGAGAUGCUAGCUCAGAGCGGUCGCUUGGAUGACACGUAUUGGGUUUGCGCGUUUGCAGUGAACCAGCACAUCUGCAUAUGCCACAGCAACCCUUACGACCGCGAUCCGUUGACAAACGAGUUGCAUCCCGUGUGCAGUUGCAGCAGCGUGAAUUUGGUUGAUCCGGAUGGCAGAAGCACCGCUUCAGAGGUCAACAAGUUCGAUGACAUGAUGCAUCAUCUUGUAGAAACAGGAGGCUGCAGGCAAGUAAUUGCAGUGGACCAAUCCCAUGACUUGUUUCGGGGUUUGGAUGCCAGCUACCUUCCCGCGGUGACCCUGAACUCGGAGCCCGACGAGACUGACAGCUGGAUGGGGAUCAAGUGUGGAUUUUUCUUUGAGGACAUCACUUUGACCUUCGAGGCCGCUGUUGUCGGGCACAUCGGUGGCUACCAUGCAGAGGACUCCCAUGCAUCGUUCCACUUCGUGGCGUGGGGCUUUUGUGAGGGUGGCGUAAUCCCGGUCUUUGUUUGCAAGCUUUGUCGUUUGCUUGGGUAUGCAGGGCAACGAGUUGGAGAGGCGUCCCAUCCAGGGCCUGAUCUUGGUGAUGGCCAGUUGGCUAUGUUGAUUAGCCUGGUGCAGUUGCUCAUUCAGAUGGUGGCUAAGCUUUCGAAUGCGAGUGAGAUCCAAAGCAUCGUUGCGCAGGCUGAUGCUACUGUGCAGGGCCUCAGUGCUUCCACUCAGGGGGGGGCGGAGAAUGCGCGGCAAGUGCGCGUUGAAGAGCCGGAGGGUGAGUGGACUCAGGUGAGGAAAAAGAAGCGGGGGAAAGGCAAAGGAGAUGAUACUGCGCAGUCAGCCCCCUUAGCUGAUGUUGCGCCUCGAAAUGGCAAGAAGGGCGGGAAGGAGAAGCCUGAGAAAGUUGGCAAAGCGCGUCCUUGCGAUGCAGCCAAUGGUCCUCGCUCAGAGGGCAAGAAGGGUCAGGGCAAGGGUGAAGGGGUGGGUGAGCGCAGGGCUUUUGAGCGCCCUGAGCUCAAGCAUGAUGAGUGGGAGCUUCGGCAGGAGGACUGGCAUGCUACGCUAGUUACCUCGGAGCAGCUCGAGGAUUACAACAAGGCGGGUGAAUCGCUACUUGUCUUGGCAAAAAACCGUGAGGAGGCUGAGGUCCUCCAGAUUUUGGCCAGUGGGCGCAGCUUCAAGAGCUCGCUGCUUGUGGUCUAUCGCCAUGAUGAAGGCUCUCUGUCGAUGCCAUUUUGGCAGAAGGGGCGCGCGGCUUUGCAUCGCGUUGAGAUCUUGAAGUUUCAGGUCAAUGGUGUUGCGUUGGCUACCCUCAAGGGUGAGAAGAAGGUCGUCAGUAUCAAGGCGGUCCCCACCACGGUGCUGCGCCUUGCGCUGAUUCAACAGCUUGCGUCAGCGGCUGACUGGGCUGCUGCCACCAAGAACCUUAGGAGCUUUGCCAUGACCAGGGCUGCUGCGGUCAAAGACCUCUGGGGUGGAGCUGUGGAGCAGAAGCGCGGAGCCACUUUAGUGGCAUUGGUGCGUGUGCCUGACGACCAAGUUCAGGCACUCUUGCAGAAGAGUGGCGUUGGCGGUCUUUUCUGGGAGCCUUUGCAGCGCAGUGUUGCGGGGGUCAACUUGGGCGUGCGAUGGAUUGAUGCCAAUGAAGGGGAGAACGAGGUUGACUACUUCCAGCGAUGCUUGCUCAUGAAGCCGGCCUGGGGCUUGGUGGCUGGUCGCAAGCAAAUUGGCAUCCGAGUUGACCGCUCAACGGAACUUGUCAUCAGAUCGUGGAGACUUCCCAACCUGCCGCACGAGUGGACGCAGGAUGACGUGAUGAAGGUGGUUCAGGAAGCUGGGCUUGAGCAGGUUACCGUCACUGGUCGUCUUACCAGAAAAGGCACCGCCACCUGGUUCGUGCGUGGGGCGGCCUCGCUGGAUGUACUGGCCAUUCCCGUUGAGCAAGGUUCUCCGCCAAAGCAGACGUUGUACUACUUGCUUCCGGCUACUCCGAGUCCGAGGGGGCCGUCUGCGAGACAGCCGCUGCCGCGGCAAACGCCUGUUGUGGUUGAGACCAACCAGUUCAAAGUGGUGCAGAAGCCGCUGGCUGGUGAGCAGGAGACUGGCGAGGGCAGACCUGAAGGUGAUGUCAAACGUCAAGCGAUUGGUUUGAGAGAGGUGCCUGAUGGCACCAAGCUCAUUCAGAUCCAGCGUGAUGGCAAUUGCUUGCCAGGCUGUGUGGCCCAAGCUGUGGCGUGGCACAAGAAUGCCAGCCGACCGAUGCCCACGAGCCGCAUGAGAGCUGAGGUUGUCGCCUACAUGAGGAGGAAGCAAGCGCAUUUUGCUCCCUUCUGGGACAAGAGAGAUACGAAUGAUGUUGAAGGAGGCGUGCCUGACUUUGAGUCCUACCUGAAGGAGGCUGCAAUGGAAGGAAAGUACUGGGGCCAUCUGGAGAUUAUGGCAGCUGCCGAUCUCUUCAGCUUGGCGGUGUACAUCAUUCCUGCAGAGGCUUCGUUGACGCCGACUAAGGUUGGAACUGGCAAUUUUCCUGUUGCUCUCUCCUUUGAGCGUGGCACGGGGAAGAUCGGCCACUAUGACUUGCUGGUGCCUGCCCUCGAUGGUGGGCCCUUGCCAGCUGUGAUCACGAACAUCCAGGAGAUCGGUGACACUAAGGGCGGUCGAGGUGGAGGAGUCCGUGACCACCCGAAUGACACUGCUGAGGGCUCUGAUGCGGCGUGGACCGUGUAUACUCGCAAUGCUGAAGGAGUUCAUGUGCCGGUAGGAAGAGUAAGCGGCGCUGUUGUUCCUCCGCCUGCGCCUGUGCGGCCAUCGGCGAGCACGGCUGGGGGCGGCAGCAGCCGAAAGGGCGCACCGAGCGCUGCCACUGGUGGCGCAGCAAGCUGUUCGCUGGUUGCAGCUUUUGCACGGGGGGCGAGGAGGUGUGAGCUUUCGCGAGACAGCUCCAGGUGCAGCAAUGACGCUGAGGAUGAUGUGGCGGUUUUGGCUGAUGUGGAGGGCAUUGAGACGGAGCCUGCCGAGCCGACGCGCAGAAAGAAGAGCAAAAUCUGGGAGUGGACAUGUCCAGUCCCUGACUGUGGCUUCACGUGCGGAGGCUCCUUUUGGUCUUUCCGCAAGAACAAGCACAUUCGAGCGUGGCAUCCUGAGCGCAUGAAGGAGCUCAAUCUUCGUGGUGUCAUAGAUGAGCCGAUCGAGGUGCGUGAUGAUGCUGUUGUCACUUGGAGGUGCCCUGUGUGCCUCAAGGCUUUCCCCGCAGAGUGGAACUUGACGGGGGACAAGCUGCGGCAGUGGAAGCUCGCGCAUGGAGCGCGGGCGCAUCCUGAGGAGAACAUCGCCAUCUUCAAGAGGAGAACCGCUCGGCCCUGCAAUGCGCCCAAGGCCACUCAGGCCGUGCGGGCGAAAGGGGUCUCGUCGCGGCUUUCUCAGAUCAAGCGUGGCAUUGGUGGACACAGUGGACUCUUCACGAUUGAUGUGCCAGCAACACAGCCUGGGCGACGUAGCGCCGCGUAUUUUGUUUGCCGCCAUUGUAAGUGCCUCGCGCAUACUGCCAAGCUCCUGGCCAAGAUGCCCUGUGAGGCGGUGGUGGGCAUGUCGCAGCAGCGCCAGGCCUUGAUUCAGCGACUGGCCAAGCAGAAAGAAGAUGCGACGCUGGAUGAGCGACUUCGAAGUGGUGCGGCUGAGCUUGUCAACUUCCUCACUGCUGGAGCGGGCGAGGGUGAGGCCUCGAAGCAGCACAUCGCCCGAGAUCAUGAGCUCGAGGCCAUCCCAUGGCCGAUGGAGGACAAGUCUUUUGCAGUGCGCUUUGUGUGUGUUGCCUGCUGCCGGUUGGCAGGCAACGAGCGGGGCUUUCCCAAGGGCACUUGCAAGGGCGAGAAGGCUUUCGCGAAGUAUCGCCAGCGAUGGCUUCGGGAGCUGGAGCCCUGGCUGAAGGAUGAUGGGCCUCGCGGGCGUGCUGCGCGGCAGGCCAAGUCCAAGCUUGGCAUCUUGGAUGAGCCGAGUCCGCCUGAGCUUCCCCGAGGACUGGUUGGUGGCGGCGAGGAGCGAGCAGCAUGA